CCUUAGAUGCUAUGCAAUUUAAGCCUUUCUGCGACAAGUACAGGAUUCAAUUGAUUUGGUAUCUCUAUCUAAAAUAUUAUUGAUGAUCAACCCUUCCCAAAGACAAAAUUAAAUUCAACAUGGUUCUGGGGCCGACAUCGCGCCUUUCUCCAUCCGCCUCUAUCACUCCAGAUAAAAAAAAGGUCCUUCAUCCACCUCUAUCCACCAAACAAGAUACCUACCUAGCCAACAUACAGCCAUAAUCCAAAGCACACCAUGAACACAACAAUAUGCAUUAACUGCAGGGCUUCCCUGCGCCGUACCCUGCGCACCGCGCAAAAACAAGCGAGAGGAAAAUCGCACUACUCAGCAGUACCAUCAACUUUAACCCGAGCCUCACGCACACCACCCACACCAGUCCUGCCAACCGCUGACCUAGCCUCGCUUCUCUCGCGCCCAACUUGGUCCGUCCGGUCUCUCCUCCCACAGAGCAGUAGCACCCCCCCUUCCUCUUCCUCUUCCUCCUCUAUAACCCCCAAAACCCUACACCAUCUCCUCCGCCUCUCCGCGCUCCCUCUUCCGCGCACGCCAGACGAAGAGGCACAAAUGCUCUCGACGCUGAGCUCGCAACUCCACUUCGUGCGCGCGAUUCAAGACAUCGACACGCGCGGCGUGACGCCUCUGCGCGCCAUCCGCGACGAGACUGCGGCCGGGUUGCGCGAGCAAACGAUCGGGCUGGCGGAGCUGCGGGAGGCGCUAGAGGCUGAGGAUAUAGUUGGUCACGCAAGGCGGCCGCGACGGCGGUUAGCGCGGGGACAUAUGAAAGAAGGCGGUGGAGGAGAGGAGUUGUAUGGAAAUGUUGGGCCUCGGAAUGAAAAACAAUCAAUGCUGAACGAAGAAGAGAACUGGGAUGUAUUAGGCGGCGCCAGCGAGACGGCCGUAGGGCGAUAUUUCGUGGUCAGAAGUGGCGGGACGGGCUCUCAGCCUGACGAAACCGCCGGGUGAAUAAUUGGCGACUUGCUACUUUACAAGCCAAGACCCGUAACGCCGAGGAGGACGACGAGUAGUUGGCGCAAGAGAAGUCAACUUCACUUUAUGGGCAAUAGCUGAGACAUACUAAUUAUACAUUCGCCAUGCCGACGUCUCUU